GGGGGCGCCGGGGAGAGGCCGAGGCAGGAAAUCGCUGCCUGGAGGAAGUGGUGGCAGGGGCGGGGGGCUCGGAGCCGAAACGCGGCUGGGACCGGAGAGACCCCCCCGCCCCCAGCCAGCUCUGGAGCAGCCCAGCAGGGCCCCCCCCAGCCGAGCCCGCCCUGGGGCAGCAGUCGCAGGGGGGUUUCUAGAUCAGCUGUGCGGCGCUUUCCUCCUGCCCCGAAGGUGAGAACAAAGAAGGGGAUCCCCGUCAGGCCGGGACUUGGAGCCCGGAGCCGCACAGCCCCUCGCGGGGAGACCCCAAAGCCCUGAGCCGGGAGAGACACCAGCCUGGCGCAGCGCGGGGCUGGUCGGCAGCAGAGAGGAAACCCCCCGCCCCCCAAUCCCCGCGUAGAGACGACCCCUGUCCUCAUGGAAGAAAAUCCCCAUAAAUGUUCUGUCUGCAGGAAAAGCUUUAAGCAGAGCUCGACCCUAAGGAGGCACCAGCGAACCCACACGGGGGAGCGACCCUACAAAUGCCUCCAGUGCGGGAAGAGCUUUGCCGACAGCUCCAACCUCCUUCGCCAUCAGAGGAGCCACACGGGGGAGCGACCCUACACGUGUGCCCAGUGUGGGAAGAGCUUCGGGCACAGCGCGACCCUGAUGAAGCAUUCCAGGACCCACACGGGCGAGAGGCCCUACAGGUGUGAUGAGUGUGGGAAGAGCUUCUCUGAGAGCUCCAAGCUCCUAGAGCACGAGAGGAUCCACACAGGCUUGAAACCCUACAAAUGCCCUAUCUGUGGGAAAGUAUUCUGCCACAGCUCCUCGCUGACCAAUCAUCAGCGGGUUCACACAGGUGAGAGACCCUAUAAAUGCCCCGAGUGCGAGAAGACUUUUGGCCGCCGCUCCAUGCUCAUUCGACACAUGAGGAUCCACACAGGGGAACGACCUUACAAAUGCCUCCAGUGCGCGAAGGCCUUUGCCGUUCUCUCAGUCCUGAUCCAGCAUGAGCGGAUCCACACGGGGGAGAAACCCCACAAAUGCGCCCACUGCGGGAAGUGUUUCAGCGAUCCCUCUGUCCUGACCCGGCAUGAGCGCAUCCACACAGGCGCGCGACCCUACAAGUGUGUCCAUUGCGGGAAGGGCUUUAGUCAGAGCUCCACCCAUGCCCAGCAUCUGAGAACCCACACCGGGGAGCGGCCCUAUAGAUGCGAUGAGUGUGGGAAGAGCUUCAGUGUGAGUUCCAGCCUUGUUGUCCACCGGAGGAUCCACACAGGAGAGAGACCCUAUAAAUGUCCCCACUGUGGGAAGAGCUUUAGUGGCUGGCCAAAUUUUAGCAGGCAUCUGAGGACCCACGCUCAGGAGUAAACCCGACAGGUGACCCAAUUCUGGGAGACGCUACUGUGAUCACUCUGGGCUCUUUAGACAGAGAACCCAUGCAGUGGAGAGACGCUAUAAAUGCCCCAACUGUAACCAGAGCUUCUGUCUCAGCUCGGAGCUUAGUAGGUACCAGAGAAUGCACGUGGGGGGCUACCUAUAAACGCCCCAACUGAUGGAAGAGCUUUAAUCCCAGGAUGUACCUUGUUAUUCAUCAGAAGAUCCACAGCAGAGACAGGCCUGAGAAAUAAAUGUGGAGGUAAGCGUCAUUCAGAGCUCAGAACAGGACUUCUGGUGCGGCGGAGGAGUGGGACGGAUAGAACAUCCUCUAAGAACGGCUCCAUUUGCAUUAGGAGAGACAGAUCUUCCAGAGAUUUAACGCUUGCUCCUGAUAUCCAGGCAUCCCAAUGUUUCACAGUGUGGUCGGCGUGUCGGGAAAAUGCCACGUCUGGUUUCCACCUUAGGGCUCUGAACUGCCGAUGGGCAUGCUCGGGUGUUCACUCCAUCCUAAUUUUGGCCUUGUGUUUAAAAGUUCAUACAGGUGAGCCAGAUUCAUUUUCCAAGUCAGUGUUCAGUUGAGACUUAGGGGCCUUGUCAUGGGCUGGCACCUGGCCUGCCGGCAUCACAGAGGCCACUGUCUCUGAAUCAUCCUCCUGGUUCCUGACAAUUAUAAGGUGCACCAGAAACUUAUGAAAAGGGCAGCCCUAGGUGCACAGGUAGAAUUGGUUAAUGGCAAUCCAUAUAAGUUAGUUCAUAUUUGACAUAUUGCUGGGCCUGCUAGAGUGGUUUUGCUUAUUCAUGAGGCCAUCUGGGAGCUUACCAUGAUCCUUUGGCAGACUCCCUCCUCUCUGAUGCCCACUGCCAUGAGAACAGAAAAGAGGUGCCAGAUUCCUUCUUAGGCACGUGAAUAUUUUUACUCACCCCCAACCUCAGGAUCUUUGGCCUUCAUUAUGCUUAACCAUCAAUUCCACUGA